CUAAACUCACAUAUCCAGGAAGAACUGAGUGAUCUACUUCUCCGACAGGAUGCCUCUUUUUCUUCUCCACCUGUGAGCCCGAAUGUUCGAUGAAGAGUCUCCUGCUGAAGGGGAUUCGUUCAGGCGCCAGCCCUGGUCACCCUGCUCCGCAGGCCUCAGCUCCAGUCAGGACCCCGGGGCCUCGGGGAGUGUCAUUGGGGGAUGACCGCAGCCCUAGCCGCUGCAGCUGCCACCGCGACCAUGGUUUCCGGCAGCAGCGGCCUCGUCGCCGCCCGCCUUCUGUCACGCACCUUCCUCCUACAACAGAAUGGAAUUCGACAUUGUUCCUAUGCAGCUUCUCGGAAACAUCUCUAUGUUGAUAAAAAUACGAAGAUUAUUUGCCAGGGAUUCACUGGUAAGCAGGGCACCUUUCAUAGCCAGCAGGCAUUGGAAUAUGGCACCAAACUUGUUGGUGGAACCACACCAGGGAAAGGAGGCAAGACGCAUCUGGGCUUACCCGUCUUUAAUACUGUGAAGGAGGCCAAAGAACAGACAGGAGCGUCAGCAUCUGUCAUUUAUGUCCCUCCUCCUUUUGCUGCUGCUGCCAUUGAUGAAGCUGUUGAGGCAGAAAUGCCCUUGGUUGUGUGCAUCACGGAAGGUAUCCCACAGCAGGACAUGGUGCGGGUCAAGCACAAAUUGCUUCGCCAAGGAAAGACGAGGCUAAUUGGGCCGAACUGCCCUGGAGUCAUCAAUCCUGGAGAAUGCAAAAUUGGCAUCAUGCCUGGCCAUAUUCACAAGAAAGGAAGAGUUGGUAUUGUGUCUAGAUCGGGCACCCUGACAUAUGAAGCAGUUCAUCAAACAACACAAGUUGGAUUGGGACAGUCUUUGUGUGUUGGCAUUGGAGGUGAUCCUUUUAAUGGAACAAAUUUUAUUGACUGCCUUGAAAUCUUUCUGAGUGAUUCAGCCACAGAAGGCAUCAUAUUGAUUGGUGAAAUUGGUGGCAACGCAGAAGAAAAUGCUGCAGAAUUUUUGAAGCAACAUAAUUCAGGUCCAAAUGCCAAGCCUGUAGUGUCCUUCAUUGCUGGUCUAACUGCUCCUCCUGGCAGAAGAAUGGGCCAUGCAGGGGCAAUUAUUGCUGGAGGAAAAGGUGGAGCUAAAGAGAAGAUUGCUGCCCUUCAGAGUGCAGGCGUUGUGGUCAGCAUGUCCCCCGCACAGCUGGGAACCACCAUCUACAAGGAAUUUGAAAAGAGGAAGAUGCUCUGAAAGAACAAAGCAGUCCCCAUACCUGUGGAAUGAAUCAUGAAAUCACAAAAGACAAGGAACCUACAGCACUUUGCUCCCUUGUCCACUGAUUUUCAACUCUUGUGCCUGACACUAGGCUUUCAGUUUAACAGGAAACCAAAAAGAGACUUAGAAUGUACUAAAUUGAGAUAUUUUCACCUGCUGUAUAACAGACACAGGCAAUAAAUCUACUAUUGAUUUGAA